AGCAACGGCACAAUUUCCUCUCGCCUUUCUCCCUCCCAAAGCAGAGUAGCGAAGCGUCGCAGCUCACCACUUUGUCUUCGACGCGGGGUGUCGCGGCCACUCGAAAGCCGCAUCAUUUCUGCCGACUGAUUUGAUUUGAUUAGUGCAUCCGACUGUUUGUGCCGUUGCUGCCGUCGUCAAAUCUUCAAUUAUAAACCUGCUUAAACCCUCCGAUACGUCAACGGCUCAACGCUCUCGCUCCAAGGACGACUCCACCACACGACCCACACGCCGUGGUCAGGGAACCGAGCCAGCUAUGGCUUCCAUCCCCAUCCCCCCUCUCCUCCUCCUCCUCCUCUUCGGCGUCUUCGCCGCCUUCGCUUGCCACGUGGUCGAUGGGAGCAGGACCCCCCACGGCCUCGGCGUCAACUACGGCAGGGUCGCCGAUGACAUCCCGUCGCCCCGCCGCUCGGUGCAGCUGCUGCGCGCGGCGGGGGCCGGGUCGGUCAAGAUCUACGACGCCAACCCCGCCGUCCUCCGCGCGCUGGCGGGCACGCGCAUCCCGGUCUCCAUCAUGGUGCCCAACGAGAUCAUCCCAGACCUCGCCGCGUCCGCCGCGAAGGCCGACGAGUGGGUGGUCCAGAAUCUGCUCCCCUACCUCGCGAAGACGCGGGUCAAGUUCCUGCUCGUCGGCAACGAGGUGCUCUCCGACCGCUCCAUCGCCACCUCCACCUGGCCGCGCAUCGUGCCGGCCAUGGAGAACCUCCACCGCAGCCUCCGCGCGCGCCGCGUCAGCAGCGUCAAGCUCGGGACCACGCUCGCCAUGGACGCGCUCGUGUCCGGGGCCUUCCCGCGCCCGCCCUCCGCCGCCGUGUUCCGCGCCGACAUCGCCGAGGCCGUCGUGCGCCCGCUGCUCCGCUUCCUCAACGGGACCAACUCCUACUACUUCGUCGACGCCUACCCGUACUUUGCCUGGGCCGGGAACAACGAGACCGUCCCGCUCGACUACGCGCUCUUCCAGGGCGGCAGCCGCUACGUCGAUCCUGGCACGGGGCUCACGUACACCAACCUGCUCGACGAAAUGCUCGACGCGGUGGGCGCCGCGAUGUCCAAGCUGGGACACGGGGAAGUGAGGCUGGCCAUUGCGGAGACCGGCUGGCCCAAUGGCGGCGACUACGACCAGAUCGGCGGCAACGCCCGCAACGCUGCCGUCUACAACCGGAACCUGGCGGCGCGGAUGGCCAGGAACCCCGGCACGCCGGCGCGGCCGGGCGCCAAGAUGCCGGUGUUCGUCUUCUCCCUCUACAACGAGAACCUCAAGCCCGGCCCGGGCACCGAGCGGCAUUGGGGCCUGUACUACCCCGACGGCACGGAGGUGUACCAGAUCGACCUCACCGGCCGGCGGCCGCUGUGGGCGUACCCGCCAUUGCCGGCGCCGGAGAACAACACGCCGUACAAGGGCCCGAUAUGGUGCGUGCUGGCCACCCAUGGCAGGAAGCUGAACGAGACGGCGGUUGGGGACGCGCUGACGUACGCGUGCGGGCAGGGGAACGGGACGUGCGAUGCCGUCCAGCCCGGCGGCGAGUGCUUCCAGCCGAACACCGGGGAAGCGCAUGCCAGCUACGCAUUCAACUCGUACUGGCAGCAGUUCAGGAAGAUUGGAGCUACGUGCUACUUCAAUAACCUUGCGGAGCAGACUAUUAAGGACCCAAGCCACGGAUCCUGCAAGUUCCACAGUUCCUUGGGCUGAUUGAUUACAAGGGAGGAGUACGGCAGAGGGGUGUGUGAUCCCGAUCUGUUAAGGGAGGACGGCAGUGGGGGAUGUGAUCCUGAUCUGUGAUUACUCUCGUUUUGUCAAAACCUGAGCACGUACUACCUAGCGACGUGUCUGUCACGGUUGAAGUUCUCACACUUGUGAUGUAACAGGCGAACAGUGAUAGCUUACUGUCGGUUUGACUGUUUUGUUGUGGUUAGGGGCUUAGGGCAUCGUACACGUCAUCUAGUGACAGAUGAAAUGAUAGCCGCUGUAAUUCGUUGGCUCUAGUUAUGCCGUAACAUUGUUUUCACUGGAUAUCUUCUCCGCACAAGCGCAGCUGCUCAUCA